AUGGCAUCUUCCAUUGAAGCCAAGGGCACAUGGGCAACCAUGGAAGAUGUUCUCUUGUGUGAGAGUUGGGUCCAUGUUACUCAUUGUCCGGUCACGGGCAAUGAAAUGAAAUUCUUUCACAUGUGGAGAAAAAUCCAUGUCGAAUUUUGUGAAAGAUCGAGUUCUAGUCAUAUGGAAAUGACAUUGAGUAGCAGGUGGAAAAUAUUGAAUAAAAAGUUGAGGAAAUGGAGAGAUGCAUUAGCAAAAGCGAGGGACAAUGUUCGAAGUGGUGAAAAUCUUAGCAAUGAGAUUAUUCAAGCACAAAUGUGGUUUGGUGCAAUUGGGCAAAGAAAAAAAUCUUUCAACCAUCAAGAAUGUUGGGACGUGGUGAAAAAUUGCAAACGUUUCAGAAUUAUUCCCACGGGUCCGCCCGUUGUGUUAAACAAGACGCCACUUCAUGAUUCACGGGCAUCAAAUUCGCUUUUAGAUUCCCCGAUGUGUCAAGACUCACCCAUUGAAAAGGAGCUGAGGCCUAUUGGCCGAAAGGCUGUGAAGGUGAAGAGAUGGAGUAAUUCUAGCAAUAAUGCAUCAAAAAUUUCGGAGGAAAUUGCAAGGCACAUCGCCAUGAAAAUUGAAAUAGACAUGAAAACCCAACUGGACGAGGGGACAAUUCAAGCAGAAUAUGCAAAGAAAACAUUGACAUGA